AUGGGAGCUAGCAAGUUCUACCUGGCGCUGCUACAACUGUCGUUGACAACCAACAAAUCCGAAAACCUGCGGAACGCACGGAUGCACGUCAAGAGACUUGCGUCCGGUGGAGCACAAGUUGUCUGCCUGUCUCCAACGUUUCGUUACUCAAGCGGCACGCUAAACAACUUGGAGCUCUACGCCGAGACCAUUCCAGGAGAGACAAGUGACAUGUUGUCUUCUACCGCAAAACAGAACAAGAUCUACCUCGUCGGAGGUUCUAUGGCCGAAAAGGACAACGGAAAAAUGUAUGAUACCUGCCUGGUAUACGGUCCCGAUGGCUCCAUGGUUGCCAAGCAUCGAAGAUUGAACCUCCUCGUUGUAAACGUUCCUGGCAGGCAAGCGUUUCGUGAGUCAGAUUACUUGACGCCCGGUGAUCGCCUGACCACCUUCGACACUCCCUUCUGCAAAGUGGCAGUCGGACUUUCCCAAGAGGUGAGGUUCGCCCCUCUAGCGCACCUCUACGCGGACCUUGGUUGCAAGCUCCUGGUAUUUUCUGGUUCCUUCAACACGACUUUGAGUCCUCUUCACUGGGAUUUGCUUCAAAGAGCGCGCGCGAUAGACAACCAGAUCUACGUGGCAUCGGUGUCAGCUGCGAGGACCCAAGACGCGACUUUUAGUUCUUGCGGACACAGCAUGCUGAUCGAUCCGCGGGGAGAUGUGGUGCAGUCGGCGGGACAUGAUGAAGCAGUGGUAAUGGCGGAAGUUGACUUGGACCAUCUGUCUUCGUUGAGAAAGGAGACGCCCAUAAGGAAGCACCACAGACACGACCUGUACACCGUCGUGAACCACGAACGCAACGAGGACGACAGAGAGUUUUUCAAGAACGUGUUCUUCCUUUAGACAAAAGUUGGGUGCCUAGCCACCAAGAGCUAUUUUGAGAGAUGAAGCGAGACCCUAUUACCGACGUCGAUAAAGCAACUUUGGACACGCCCCAAAAGCAAUAUUAUUUCAGCUUUCUUUUUGAAAAGAGGCAUUAUGAAAGCUUCAUAGCGGUAGCGAACGUUUCGCUGACUAUACUAUAUAUAAUCAUUGAAAAGGCACAGAACCAAGAAUCGGCACAAAAAAUUGGCUCAUCGCGGAUCGGUGAUAAUUUUCCCCUUCAUGCGAAUAAUUAAGAUAUUUAAGAUAUUUUCUGAAAACGCAUUUCAAAAGGGAAAUAUUUCGUUUUGUUUUUGAUAAUGAAAUCCUGUAUAAAUACUUAGCGAAAAGUAA